CAUACAUACAAUUAUCUAUGUAUAAUACUAUUUUCUAGCCACAAUUAUUUGUACUUGAUUGUCAAUUUUCCAUAUUAGAACCACUUGUUGGGGCAAAUUUCACAAUUCUCUAUAUAUAAGAUGUAUUUCCAUAUCCUUUUUCUCUCACACAGACACAAACUCAGAAAAUACAUACACUUCAAGACAAAUAAAGAAGAUGGACAAUCUGCCGUUAUGUGAAGCAAACAAUGUUCCCCUAACUCCCAUAACGUUCUUGAAGAGAGCUUCCGAAUGUUAUCCCAAUCGAACUUCCAUAAUCUACGGACAAACUCGUUUCACUUGGCCCCAAACCUAUGACCGUUGCUGUCGUCUUGCCGCUUCUCUCCUCUCUCUUAACAUCGCCAUGAAUGAUAUCGUAUCUGUUCUGGCCCCUAACAUACCAGCCAUGUACGAGAUGCACUUUGCCGUUCCCAUGGCUGGAGCUGUCCUCAACCCUAUCAAUACCCGCCUCAAUGCAAAAUCCGUUGCCACAAUCCUCCUUCACGCCCAGCCCAAGAUAUUAUUCAUAGACCGCAAUUUCGAACCCUUGGCUCGAGAAAUCCUCCAUCUACUAGCAAAUGAAGACUCACAACUAAACGUGCAAGUCAUAUUCAUUGAAGAGGCCGAUUUCUCUAAAAGGUUUUCGACCAAUGAAUUAGACUAUGAGGGUCUCAUCUGUAGGGGAGAGCCUACAUCUUCGCAGGUCGCACGUAUGUUCCGUAUUCAGAACGAGCAUGAUCCGAUCUCGUUGAACUACACAUCGGGUACUACAGGGAACCCAAAGGGUGCCGUGAUUAGUCACCGCGGAGCAUAUUUGUGCUCUUUGAGUGCCAUUAUGGGCUGGGAAAUGGGGACCUUCCCGGUCAAGCUUUGGACUCUGCCUAUGUUUCAUUGCAAUGGAUGGACUCUCACGUGGUCAGUGGCAGCACGUGGAGGCACCAAUGUCUGUAUCAGGCACGUGACUGCCCCUGAGAUAUUUAAGAACAUAGAAUUGCAUAGCGUGACCCAUAUGUGUUGUGUUCCUACGGUUUUCAAUAUUCUCUUGCAAGGAAAAGAGCUUGACCUAUCAACUAGGUCGGCACCGGUUGAAGUGCUUACCGACGGUUCAUCGCCUCCUCCAUCCCUUGUUAAGAAAGUUCAGCGGCUGGGUUUUCAUGUGAUGCAUGCCUAUGGGCUUACAGAGGCCACCGGUCCGGCUCUCUUUUGUGAGUGGCAAGACGAAUGGAACAGACUACGAGAGAAUCAACAGAUGAAGCUGAAGGGAAGGCAAGGGGUAGGCAUCUUAACUCUAGCUGAGGCUGACGUGAAGAACACAAAUACUCAGGAGAGUGUUCCACGCGAUGGGAAAACGAUGGGAGAAAUUAUUUUGAAAGGAAGCAGCAUAAUGAAAGGAUAUUUAAAGAAUCCCAAAGCAACAUUUGAAGCGUUUAAACACGGAUGGCUCAAUACGGGAGACAUAGGUGUGAUUCAUCCUGAUGGGCACAUAGAGAUCAAAGAUCGGUCCAAAGACAUCAUCAUCUCUGGAGGCGAAAACAUCAGCAGUGUUGAAGUUGAGAAUGUUCUUUACAAGCAUCAGAAAGUGCUGGAGGCCGCCGUCGUGGCCAUGCCUCACCCUGUGUGGGGAGAAACCCCAUGUGCAUUUGUUGUCCUAGAAAAGGGUGAUAUCAUUCAAGGAGAUCGUGAAGAUAAAUUUGUGACCAGCGAAAGAGAUUUGAUUGAGUAUUGCCGUGAGAAUCUGCCUCGUUUUAUGUGCCCAAGGAAAGUCAUAUUCUUAGAAGAACUGCCAAAGAAUGGCAACGGAAAGACCCUUAAGCCUAAACUGAGAGACAUCGCUAAAGUUUUUGUUCUCCAUGAUGAGAAUAUUGUUAGCUCUAAGAAAGUUCAACGAAAAAAAGAGACAAAUCGUGUUGAUUUUUUUACUUCUCGGCUUUGAGUGUGCUCUACAAAUCUCUUAACAUGUAUGGUCGGGUUGAUGACAACUUUAAGUUGUGGCCUAGUGUAACGACCCAAGCCCACCGAAAUUGAGAAAAGCCCAACAAGAAUUGCCAGCCCAACAUGGCCCAAACCUAAUAAACCCCACGUUGCCUUCUUCUUCCUCCAUCUUCAAAAAGCUGCAGCGACAAAUUGGAGAAAACACAAGCUUUGCCGAUCACGCCGAGCCGUUGCCCAGAUCACGCAAUAACCGCCGUCACAGUUUCAGACCAAGCCGGCGUCCCUGCUAGUGAUUCCGUAAACAUGAGACGAAGUGCACGCGAGCCAAACCCGAGCCGCCGUCUUCUCGAUCACGUGGCCGCCGAUCACCAACACCGGCGAUCUACUGCUCCAAGUCAUCGCCAUCGUCUUGUUGGAAAGAAAGAACUUUUAAGAGUGAUGGAGAAGGUGUUUAAGAAUUUGAAAGACAAAAGAACAAAUUUAAGAAGAAAAAAGUUUUAGAACUUAGAGAACUUAGGAACUUCA